ACCAAAGGUUUUUGUCUUGCCUAAUUCAAACUUGUGGUUUGUACUUUGUGUCAGCUGGCUUGUGGAUUGACGGUAAAAUUUGUUUCAAUGCUACGGGAUCCCUACAACACAAAGUGAAAAAUGGACAAAGAAUUGGGCCCGAUUCUGUUCCUGGUGCUGCUUCUCUGUCACAUAGGCAACACACAGCCACAAACCUCUUGUCCAUACAACUGCCAGUGUUUCACUUCAGUCCUAGUACUGUGUUCUGAUGAACGGAUGGGAUCUUUACCCAAGAACAUGUCCAGGGAGGUCAAGGACUUUAUCGUGAUUAAAUCAGCCGUAUCGUACCUGUUCCAGCACACUUUAGAGGAGAGCCCCCAACUCACCAAGCUUAUUUUCAUGAAUAAUGCACUAAGAAGUAUUCACUCUCAGGCUUUUGAGCAUCUGACUGAGCUGCAGGAGCUGGAAAUCAGUGGGAACCCCUGGCUGGAGCAUUUAUAUUUGGGGACUUUCUCGAAGCAGGGAAACUUAACUAAACUGUUGCUUAACUUCAACAGGUUCAAGACGGUGCUUCCUGGCAUGUUUGAUUCGGUUAAACAGCUCGAAACGCUGCAGAUGAAGGGCAACAUGAUAUCAGAUCUGCCUACAUUCCUUCUCCUGAACCUGCAUAGUCUGCGCUUCCUGGAUUUGUCCCAAAAUAUGCUUAAAGAUGUAAAUAGGGAAACCUUUUCUGGUCUGGCAAGACUGGAGAUCCUGAGAAUGAACAACAACCUCAUCAGCAAUCUCACAUCUGACAUGUUCCACAAUAUUUCUCAGCUGAUAGAGCUGCACUUUGAGGGUAAUAACGUAUCAGAACUCCCUGAUGGCAUCUUCUCCAUGUUAACCAAACUGAAGGUGCUGAACCUCCGCGGAAAUCUUCUUACAAUUUUCAGCGAUAAAGUGUUUGGAUUCGAGACAACACAUUUGAAGGAGCUGAAUCUAAAGGGCAACAGAUUGACUGAGCUGUCCUCUCUAAGCAGUUUGACGUCUCUUACCGACCUUAUCUUGUCCUCUAACCAGCUCUCCGACCUUCCUGAGGACAUUUUUAGAAAUGUUACAGCCCUUGAGAAUCUUGAUCUGUCUGAAAACCAUCUCUCCCUGCUGCCUGAAAUGAUCUUUCAUGAUCUUUUUAGCAUCAAGUCAAUCCAUCUUCACAAGAACAACCUGAGCAGGGUGGACGGUAAACUGUUUCAGGACCAGCUUCUCAUUCAGCAGAUCUACUUGUCUGACAACAAGCUGGAAACUCUCCCACUGGGCUUUUUAGACCCUUUUGUCAUCCAGUACACAGUGAGACUGCACGGGAACCCCUGGAAAUGUGACUGCCACAUUUCGUAUCUACACGACUGGGUGCUGACAAACGGCAGAGAUAUAGAGAUGCUUGACAGGAUGCUCUGCGCGAGCCCCGGCUUUUUGAGAAGACGGGCGGUCGUCUCCAUCGACAAGGACCAGCUGGUGUGUCCGGUGUCUAAAGAUGACAUGCCUGAUCUCAGGAGCUGUAGCCUUCGAGCUGCCGGUGACACUGUAAUUAUCAAUUGUAAAGUGGAUAAAUGCUCUCCAUUGACAGUGAAGGUACAGUUUCAGAAGGAUGACGGCAGCAUUAUGGAGCAUAUUUUGAAAAAUGAGCCUCAAUGUAGCAAUGACACAAUAAUCGAGAUCCCUUUUCCAUAGUUUUUCUACUUAUUCAGACUUUGUUCUCUGUGCAAAUACAUUGCCAUUCAUUCUUCAUACAAAGAGUCCCACUAUAUGUUCUGACUGUCACUGUCAAUACUGUAAAUAAACCUCUGACUCACCACCUGAUAUGCAAGCUGCUGAAUGAUAAGAGGGGUGGAUGAACCCUUUUCUUGUAAAGUUCAAAGUUCAACCCACGCUUUUAAAGAUCCCUGCUAAAAGGAACUUUGAACAACCAUCUGCUAACAUGUUGAAUCUCAUUAUAUGCUUCCUGAUCUCUGUAUAUGCACACUGGCAUUGCCAAACUGAACAAUAAUCAGUCCCAAAUAUUUAGGAAUGUUUUGGAAGAGCUGCCAAUGUAAAAGGUCAAUAAAAUGGAUU